GGAGACUGUCGGGUGAUAUCAGUGGACGUCAAGGAGGAGGAUCUGUCCACUUCGUCUUCGUCUGUUGCCUUUGGAUGCGCUCAGUUCGAUAUCGUCCUCUCAAUGCUGACGGAGAGAAAGGAGUGGAGCACGACAAACUUCUGCGAUUCUUGUGGAUGAUCUUGAUCUAUCAGUGAUGAAGUUGAAAACAGUAGUAGAAAUUAUUUUGUCAUCCGUAGAGAAGUUGUUAUUGUAUCAAUCAUUACCUUUACCAAGUAUCAUCUUCCAGAUUAUUAUAUCCUAUCAACCAAGAAAAAUGUCACCUUCUACUACAAUGACCAAACCAAUCCCGUGUCGUCCUUGGCCACCAAGGCCAAGGACAUCAAGACUAUUCUGAUCAUGGUCGCCAUGCCAGAGGAGGCGGGGUUGAUCAAAGUAGACGAAUUGGGCUUACAACCGGACACGGACGAAAAAAACGCUUCGCCAUUUUUCUACGGUUUUGUGGGAAAAACUUCUUCCGAUGACAGGAAACUGUGUCUUGCGGAGUUUAAGGUGGAUCCACUCUACGGCGUUCCAAGCGUUUCAACGGAACCGGCAGCGGUUCCCAUAGAUCUACUUUGUGUAGAUUAAUAUAAUGGCUAAAAAUUGAAAUAGAUUGUUGUUACUUAGCAUGAGGCAGCUGCACCUCUGGCCUCUUAUUCGGCUAGCAUCAACCAUCUUCUGGUGCGAUGAUGUAGCCUUCUAAUCAAGGAGUGCGUUAAAAAACAACAAUUGAGUACUUAGAAGGCCACAUCGUUGUUCAUCUAAAACAACAAUACCCAUCUCGUCAGGUCGCCACCGCCGCUGCUAUUCAAGUGUACAAUCCCGACCUCGUCGUUUCUGCCGGUACGUGUGGUGGAGUACAGCAACCUGGCUUCCCAUUGCGCCAGGGCGAUCUUGUAAUUCCAAACCGAUGCUUCAUUGUUGGUCGCAGCAUCAUCAUCCCCGAUUUCCAGGAGUACAUCAGCAGUGAAUACCCUAUGCUAGAUCCUGGGAAGGUGGUGGAGAAGGUGUUUGAAGGGCAGGCAAAGGAAGGCGGUGGGAGUGGGACAAAUGAAGAUGUCAAAGUCGGAGCUUGUGUUAAGGCAACGAACUCUAAUAUUGAAACACUUAUUGAAAAAAAGACAACUUGAUUUUGGUUAUGGUCUCAUAAUUAUUUGUUUGAAAAUACUAGUUGUAUGGUCUAAUCCCCGCACUGUAAAUUCCUUCGUUGCCUCGGACGAUGUUGGUCUAGAAGCCGGAGUAAUCAUCUGUGAAAUGGAGUGCGCGGCCGAAGCGAGAGUAUGCCACGUAAUGGGUCAGAAACCCUUCACAGCAUUGAAGAUUAUAUCGGAUGUGGAACCUCUACCUCUUCUAUCUCUAGAAGAUGGAGUUGGAACAGGAACAGAAGGGACAGAGAACCCUGCCAAGACAAGGCAAGAACUUUUCGCAGAGUUUUUGGAGACGGGCAUGAACAAGUUGGCCGAGUGCGUGAAGCAAUUGGUGGAGAGCAUAGACCUGUUGGAUGGAUAAACACCUUUGCUGCUUCAAUUUCACCUUCUUGCACAAAAAAUCAGGUUAGUUGUAGUUUAUAAUAAGCUAGGAUCAACAUAGUCUUCAUGGAUAAAGAAGCCAUGUUCGUCAACAUAAUCAUGGCAUAGAUGAGAAUAUAGAAUACGCGCUCCCACGGUGGACAUGAACAUGAUGCACCCGUUUCGAUCUUCAGACUGCAUAUCGAACAGAAAGAAGACUGAAUGAUGUACAGCAUGUGGCAUAGGAGGAACACGUUGCCGUCGCUGAACAAAGAAAUCUGAACAAAGAAAUGAUGUAGUUAUCCGUUCAACAACAUAUGACAAUCAACGUCAC